AUGUCGAAUCCACCGGAUACGCCAUGGACCGAGGAGGAGAAGAACACUCUACUCACCGAAAUCCUCAAGAAAGCGGGCAUCCCGUCCAGCUAUUUCCUCCGCAUGAUCAAUGAGUUCCGUAUCAACCCUAACUGGGAGCAUAUCCCCCUGCCUCAAGGUAAACCAGACGCGAUCUAUAAAACCCGCCCGCCCCAACAGCACCCACCGCCGCCCGGCCCGGCCACUGCUGCUCUGCCCCGUCCAGAAGGUCCAGGAACACCAGCACCUAUAGAUCCCACCCUACGGAAGCGACCACUCUACCCUGCCGACAAACCGCCCGCUCCUCGCGCCAUCCAGCCCCGACCCCCAGCCAGCACAGCCUCAUACAGCAGCGAGAGCUCGGCCCAACUAUCCCCGCGACUCGACAGCACCGUCAGCGGCGAGCCACCUCGGAAACGAGGCCGCCCCAGCAAAGCUGAGACCGAACGGCGCAAAGCCGCCGCCGAAGCCCGCGGCGAGACGUACCCUCCAUCACGCCGCUCAGGCUCAGGCCGACUCAAGAUCCCGCCCUCGCCUACCAGCCCCGCGUCACUGGCGCCGUACCCGUCCGCUCCAGCACCUCAGCCCAUCUACGGCCCUAGCGCAGGCUCACUUUCGUACGAUAUCACCGCUACCCGACCCAUUGCUCCGGCCCCAAGCCUGCCAGGCGCCCAAGAACGCCAAGAUGUGCAGACGCGCAGCAUGGGGCCGAAUCUGCGUGAACUGCCCCGGCCAACGGAGAUGGGUCACCCGCUGCCCUCGCCGCAUACCCUGCAGCUGGGGCCGCCUGCUCCCUUCCCUCGCCUCAACAGCAAUCCCGGCGAGCGCAGCGCGUACGGCACUAUCCCGCCAGGCCGGUUCUCGCCGCCGGAUAGUGGCCGUCGGGACUCAGCGGCCAGCCGGGGAGAACCAACGGCGGGGCCGUAUGAGGACCGGACUAGCACGACGCCGGGCGAGAAGCCGCCGGGAUAG